UCACUAUUUACGAGAUAUUUUGGGAUGUUGUUGAAGAUAGUGACAUGAUUGUGGUGUAAACAACGUGGAUGAUUUGAAUCUUCAGUGAUUGAUUGUAAACAUCAGCUAUACGUAUUCAUACUCAAUUUAGUGAUCUCUAGGUUUUGUGUACGUCAUGGAUGAGGACGCAAAGGUAGAUCAAGCCUGCAGAACUGCUGAGGAAUUCACGAAGUUGUACUAUGAAAGUGUGGAUAAAAGGAGGCAUCUGAUGUCUAAAUAUUAUUUAGAUACUGGGAUCCUUUCUUGGAAUGGAAAUGGAACUGUUGGUAAAGACCAAAUUCAGAAGUUCUAUGAGCAGUUACCGUCUACAGAACAUAGAUUGACAUCACUUGAUGCUCAACCAGUAAUAGAUGUUGCUGUCUCUAGUCAGCUUACGUUUGUGGUACAAGUUAGUGGAUUUGUGAAAUUUCAAGAUAAGGCACAAAGACCAUUCCAGCAGAAUUUUGUUAUAACAGCAGAAGGAGACAAAUGGAAAAUCGUCAGUGAUUGUUUUAGGCUGCAAGAACCUGUUGCUUAAAAAAAAGGAAAAGACUAACUUACUGUAAUAAUUAAGUUUGUGUUUUAUCUAAGCAAAAAAUAUAAAUUUAAAGAAGUUGUUAUUGUUAUUUUUACACACUUUGAUUAAAAAUUAUCUCUGCAGAAUAUCGCAGAAGUGGAAAGUA